AUGGAUAUUCUCUCAGAAGCUAGCAUGCCCGCCGUGGCCAUGGCUUCGGCGCUGGCAGUUGGCGCCGGCGCAUACCUCAAUGCGAAGCUUGCGAUCUCAACGGAUCUGACCGCUCUUUCCAAUGACCGCGCCUUUGGCAAGCGUCUGGCCGAGCGCAUCGGCAGUCUCGGCGAGUCGACUACUAUCUACAAGCUCCUUGAGCGAGUCGUCGAUGUGGAGGGACAUGGCGCGGAUGAUGCGCUCUGGUUUGAACACAAGACUUGGUCAUAUAGCCAAAUCAAGGAUGGGGUCGAUCGAUUGGCUGCUCUGCUUCACGCUCGAGACAUCAAGGCUGGUGAUUUCGUGGGUGUCUUUACCACCAACUCUCCCGAGAUGGUGAUUAUCCUUUAUGCGCUGGCCAAGUUGGGUGCCGUGGCCGCCAUGAUCAACACCAAUUUGCGGGAUGAUACAUUUAUUCACUGCCUCAAUGUCUCCGGCUCAAAGUUCAUCAUCUCAACGCCCGAUCUUUCUCAAUUCGUUUGCGCUGAUUUACCACACCUCGCUUUCAACCUAACGUCUUUCAAGGGCGUCUCGACCGAACCAGUCGAACUCAUCACAGCAUCAGACCUGCAACAAUACUCUCCAUCAGGAUUGUCACCCGCUAAGCGCACACCUAAGGAUCUGACAGCCCUGAUCUACACCUCCGGAACGACUGGAAAGCCCAAAGCCUGCGCUGUCCGGAACAUGCUGGCCCUAGUCACAUCCACUCCUCUUACGACGGAUGCUAAGAACCCGUCUAAGUACUACCCCCUUCGCACAUAUUCAUCUCUACCACUUUUCCACGGCACAGCCUUCUUCACCGGCUUGUGUUACUCAGUGGGUAACGCCGGUACGCUCUGCCUGAGACGCAAGUUCUCCGCCUCUCAGUUCUGGAAGGAUGUCCAUGAUUCAAAGGCGACCCGGAUUUUGUACAUUGGCGAACUAUGCCGGUACCUACUCUCCACACCCCCAUCACCUUUCGACCGCAACCACAACUGCAUCGCAGCAUCGGGUAACGGCCUCCGUGGCGAGAUCUGGGAGAAGUUCCGAGAGCGAUUCGGUGUUCCCGAAGUGCGCGAGUUCUACCGUUCCACGGAGGGAAUUGCCAAAUUUGAUAACCACGGUGUUGGGGCUUGGGGAGCCGGUAAGGUCGGCUUCUCAGGUCCGAUUCGUCGCUUCCUCGAGGACGACACUUUUAUCGUCAAGUAUGAUACUGAAACGGAGAUGCCUUUCCGUGACCCGGUGACUGGAUUCUGCGUUCGUGCUCGGCUGGGCGAGGAGGGUGAGGCGAUUGGUCGUGUGCGGGAUCGUGGGUUGUUGACUGAGUAUCUGCGCAACGAGGAGGCUACCGAGGGCAAGUUGUUGCGUGAUGUCUUCCAGAAGGGAGAUAUCUUCCAGCGCACGGGCGAUCUGGUUGUCCAGGAUCACUCUGGCUGGAUUAAGUUCCAAGACCGCGUUGGCGAUACCUUCCGUUGGAAGGGCGAGAACGUGAGCGCUGGUGAAAUUCGGGAUCAUAUCUGCCGUAUCGAGGGCAUUCAUGAUGCUGUGGUAUAUGGUGUCAAGCUUGCUGGGUACGAUGGUCAAGCCGGUGCUGCUGGAAUCACAUUGGAAGAGCACUCUCCCGCCUUUGAGAUCGAAUUCAUCUCGAACUUGUAUAAAGAGCUGAAGAAGAGGGGCGUCCCAUCUUACGCACUUCCUCGUCUAGUUCGGAUCACCGAGAAAGUUGCCACUGGUGUGACGUUCAAACAAGCAAAGGGCGAUCUCGUGAAGAAGGGAUGGGAUCCCCGUAAGGACUGGGGCGGAGAUACUUUGUACUGGUUGAAUGGGACCAAGUACGAGAAACUGAAUGACCAGAGUUGGUCACAGAUCGAGGGAGGCAGAGCCAAGCUGUGA